GCGUAAACGCAAACGCAAAAACUUGGAUACGACAUGUACACAGGCACAAAACUUGGAAAUAGGCACAGUCACAAAAAGUUUAGCCGUAAAUUUCUUAAAUUGCAAAGAAAUUAUCUACUUCAUAGUAAAAUUUGACCGAAAAUGUCUUUUCCGGCUGCGGCAUAAAUCACGUUACGUCACAGCACUUUUGAAGAUCCCAAAUUGCGAGGCAAUUUUGUGGAUACAAAUGCCAGAAGAAAAUUUUUUGUAG